AGGCUUCAUUGCUGAGGAACCAAAGUCAAGUUAUGGAACAUUUCAAGCUACUUUCAUAAACCCUUGAACCCGAAUCGAUUUCGAAACAGAAGAAAAUGCCGUCCGGAGUUCGUCGGUCGAGAUACUUUGGUGGAUAUGUCUCGGAAGAAGGAGCAAAUGGUUUAAAGGCUUACAAAUAUGCGGGAAGUGAUAAAUCUCUGAUGCUCAAGUACAUUACCAACCCUAUGUAUAAUCGCAUCGUCGUCUACUUUCCUGUAUGGCUUGCUCCUAACCUGAUCACCCUGUCGGGACUUCUUUGCACGUUUGUCACCUAUUGGAUCUUUCACUACUAUUGUCCCCUUCUGGAAGGCCAUGCGCCCUGGUGGGCGUACAUGCUGAACGGGUUUGCGAUCUUGGCAUAUCAGGCUCUUGAUGCGAUGGAUGGCAAACAAGCGCGAAGAACAGGCUCUGCAACUGCUCUGGGAGUGCUUUUCGACCACGGGUGUGAUGCCCUCAAUGCAACUGUGAUGUCAGUCACAAUGUGUGCGGUGGUUCAGUAUGGCCCGGGCGUGACGUCCUUUGUGUUCUGGUUUGUUGCGGUCCUGGUGUUCUACAGCGCAACUGUGGAGGAAUACUACACAGGAGAGCUGAGACUUGCGAUCAUUAAUGGGCCCAAUGAGGGGCUUGCGAUUGCAGCUGGAGUCAAUUUCAUCACUGCAGCCAUUGGCGCGUCGUUCUGGACACAACAAAGUCCUAUCUUCGGCAUCACAUGGAAUUGGAUUCUCUUUAUUGUCACUUGUGGGUGCGCUUUCUUCACAAUCACACAAAACUUCUUUCACGUGCUCCUUGCUGUCCGAGAGAACAAAGCCAAGGUCGAAGGAGGAUACGGAAAGUUUAGAUAUCGGGUGGCCUUAACACGGCUGUUGCCCUUCCUUUGUGUGGUGAGAGAACAGAAAAGGUGGAGGUUGCGGUUGCGGGGACUAAAUCAGCUCCGUCAUCCUCGUAUUGUAUUAUGGGCCCUUGGAUUUCUCUUCUCCAAGCUUGUCACUCAACUCAUGUUGGCUCAUGUUUGUGAUGAAGAAUAUCAUCCAGUGGGCAAGACAAUUUCCGUCAUCGCAUUCCUUGGUGCUCACAUGUUGUUCAAUCUUGCGCAUCAGGAACUUUCUCGAGAGACUGCGACAGUGAAAGUGAAGUGA